AAUAAGAGAAAUGGCUCAAUUGGACGCCCAGAAGUUGCAACUCAUCCAGGAGUUGGAAAUUGAAAUGAUGGCUGAUCUGUACAACAGGCUUACAACCACCUGCUACAAGAAGUGCAUUCCACCAGCAUACAGUGAGAGUGAACUUGCCAAAGGAGAGGCUGUCUGCUUGGACAGGUGUGUUGCCAAAUUCCUGGAUAUCCAUGAUCGCAUUGGCAAAAAAUUGGGUCAGAUGACAACACAGGAUGAGGCAAUGAUGAAGAAAUAAAACCCUCUUUAAUAUUUCCCUUAGUUAAUGUAGUCAUUGUUAAUUAAACAUAAAGUUAAUAGAAAAA